CGGACGUUGAGCUCGGGUUUUCCCUCGUCCUUCGAGAUACUAAAACUAUAUCUUUACCUUUUUUUAGUACUUUUUUUUUUCUCUUCCAAAAUUUCAAAUUUUAUUCUAUUGUAAUUGAUUUUGUAUCCAUUUUGAAAUAGUACCUACCAGUGUGUUCGUCCUAAUAGCAGCAAAGUGAAAGGGUGGUUAUUUGUUCUCCCUUUAUUCUCUCGUGUUGAGACGUCGUGAAGAAAUAAUAGGGAGAGAGAGAGAGAGAGAAAGACGGUGAUAAUCGAACUGUAUAGAGGGGAACUCUGUGUGUGAGAGAGAGAGGGAGAGAGGGAGAGAGUUUGGGUAGUGGGGGAGAGGAUCGUAAGUUCGCGAGAGUUCAGUAGAACGCGUGUGAUCGAGAGUCGCGGUUGAAAGUCCUAAGUUGUGUGACGACCAACCCCCUUUUUUUUAUUCCUCUGUCUCUCCUCUCAUUCUUAACCCUUACGUGAUAUAUCAAUAUACGUGUUAUAAAAAAGUGACGAUAAAAAAUAAAAAAUAAAAAAAGAUAGAGUGAGAAAAGGGUGAAAAAAUAAAAGGAUUGUUACUAUCAACGAAAUUCGUGAUUGGAUAGAGUGUUUUCUAUUUGGAUUUGAAAAUAUCUAAAGGUGAUUUCAAAAAAAAAAAAAAUAAAGAAGAAGGUGUUGAAGUAAGAAGAGGAAGUUGAAGGAGAAGGAUCAUGAAGGAAAAAGGAUCAUGAUUGUGAUGUUACUUGCGAAGGAAUAUAUUUUGGAUGAUAAGAACGGAUGAUUCCAAAUAGGAACAAGUGUAAUCUAUUUUCUCGGGGAAAAAAGAUUGGAUGGAUAAUACGAUUUAACGAAGAAGGAGCAAUAUUUUACGAGAUGGAAUGUUGAAAGAAAACGAAUGGAAAUUACAUAGAUAAAAAGAAGAAGAAGAAAAUGAAGAAAAGGAUGAUGAUGAUUGUUUGUGAAUUUCCCUCAAACAUGGUGUAAAAAUAGAAAGAAAUAUUGCAAGAAGAAAAAUAGGUGAAGAAGAAUAAUAACAUUUGACGUGAAAUCAAAGAAACGCAUCUAACAUAAAAGUGGAAAAAUACAGUGAAAGAUAAAAAAUAAAACAAUUAGGGGGUGUUUUAUGAAAAGGAUAAAAAAAAAUGCGAAAUAUAUAUUGGUGAACGGUCGAUGAAGCAUCAUCAUGUGCUCAAGCGUAAGAGCUUGGAGGUGGAGGGGAGCUCUCCUGGGCACGAUGAUGCUAGCAUGGACUUGUAUCGUCGAGGGUUGCCCAAGUAUGUGUAUAUGUAAGUGGAAGGGUGGGAAGGAGUGGGUGGAGUGUGCUAACCGGGAUCUGAAGGGACUACCACAGGGUGCAAGAGAGGAAACUCAGGUGUUGGAUCUGUCGGAAAAUUACCUUAUCAGUUUGCCACCGGAAUGCUUUUAUGCUCUGGGACUGAUCAAUCUUCAGCGACUUUAUCUUGGUAGAUCUCAGAUCAGUGGUAUAGCCGUUAGAGCAUUUAUGGGUUUGGUAGGGCUGGUUGAGUUGGAUCUGACGGAAAAUCUGAUUGCCGAGAUACCAACCGAAAGCUUUUCCUCAUGCCCAAAUCUCAUGAGACUGACAUUGAACGGUAAUCCUAUAGAAGUGAUCAAAAAACGAGCCUUUUUUCAUCUGAUGCAUCUGACGAAUCUCGAGUUGAGCCAAUGCAGACUGGAGAUCAUCGAGGAAGGUGCAUUCGAUGGUUUGGUUUCUCUCGAAUGGUUACGUCUAGAUGGUAAUCGAUUGACGUAUAUGCCAAAUCAUACUUUACCCCUCGGUGGUAGCCUCAGAGGAUUGACUUUACAUAAUAAUCCUUGGUUGUGCGAUUGCGGUUUGAGAAUUCUUCAAGCUUGGCUCAAGGAAUCAGCACCAGCUGCACCGCAAGAGUCAGAACCGAUUUGCGAUAUGCCAGCAAGAUUAAAAGAUAGACAAAUUAAAACGAUUAAGGACAACGAACUUGCUUGUUUACCGCGAAUCGAGUUGCAAGAACGCGUUGAUGUUUACGAGGGUAGUAACGUCACAUUUCAAUGCUACGUUCAUGCCGUACCGGCUGCUACAAUCACGUGGUGGUUCAACGGGGAACCGUGCGAGCUUCAGAAUGAAAAUGAUUCGUCUACCACGAACUUUUUGACUUAUCCAAGAUACAUCUAUAGACAACGUGGUUCGACCAAUAUGUCAAGUACAUUAUACGUGUACUCGGUGGAGGCUAACGACGAUGGCAUUUACACUUGCAUCGCUGAAAACACCGCUGGUACCACUGGGUCAAACGUCACACUGAAGGUUCUGUUCCGUGAAAAGGUAACCGCGGAACCACCCUCGGACGAUCCAGGUUCCGGUUACGUAGCAGUGAUAGCUGCCGGUGCACUCGUAGGAACUCUCUUCGUUCUCGGUUGCCUGGUCUUUAGCAUUGUGUUUUGCAUACGGAAACGUCGACGCGAUCGGAAGAGGAAUUCCAAAGCUUUGGUCUCUCAAAACAAAUCUGUCAUGCCUAUAACGAAAGAUACAACAACGAGUUUACCAAAUUGUAGAAAAGGAAACGGCAGUUUGGUUGGUUUCGAACAUCAACAGAUCGUUUCUUACACGGAACGUGAAAUAAACAGAGCGGCAACAUUGGAAAGACGAGAACAACGUGGUAAUAAUUUGGAAGAAUCUUACGGUAGUCCGGUAUCGAAAUAUCUAACGGAACCGGACUUGAUAAACGAAGUUCCUGAAACUACGGACGUGACCUAUGGUCAGUUAUAUCGUCAUCAGACAAACGAGAGGCACGUACUCGAAUACGACUCUGGUUACCCGAUCCAACCACCCGACUUACGUCCAUCUAAUAUACCACAAUUGAGUUACUUGGACCAGGAUGGAUAUCCAAUGAACUUUGGAUUACCAAAGAUUUCAUACAAUACAGCAAGUACCCUACCACGUUUAAGGACAAGAAUGGUCGAGGGUUCAGCCGUAGCACCACCUGCCAGAUAUUCCAGAGAAGCUGAAUUCUUAGCAAGAUCUACGGCAGGUUAUGAUCCAGUUUUACCAAGAACCGAUGCCAGAUACACCGCCGAGGGUUAUCCCUAUCCAGCUCAUCAACCGGUCGAACAACCUAUCCAACAACAACUUCAACAACCCGUCGUAUCACCGGUCAUAUCACCUGCCUCAGUUUUUCCCGAGGUUCCGUUCAUACCGUCACCACCUGCUGCUUACAGAGGAGAAACCACACCACUAUCGCCGAGAUCUUUGCUCGGAAAGACUGCACGUGAAGCAGCUGCAGCUGCUGCUGCAAGGGCUGACGAACUUCAACCACCUCAUCAUCCAGAAAGUCCGGACGAGGGUUACGUUGGCGAUGCUAUGGACGUUUAAAAAUAAUCAAUCAUACAAUCGUGAUCGAAUGAUAUUAACUAAUGACGAAAUGGAUCGACGACGUUCUCGUUGACAUAUUCGUUCUCAACCCUUCGAAAUGGGCGUUAAGACGACGUAGAAUCGGAGGAAGCAUAGAGGAACCUUGAACAAAGGAGGAAUCCCACUGUCGGUACCGGGUCCUACGAAAUUAAUCAGCUAGGAGAGUGAAUAUCUGAAAUUCUCGGACUACGAAUACGACUAUGACUAUGACUAUGACUAUGACUAUGACUAUGAUUACGAUGACGAUUAAGACAAGGUAUCUCUCUCUCUCUCUCUACCUGAGAUCAUAAUUCCUUGUCGUAGACACACGUCUUUCUUGACGUUCGUUGUAGAAUCAUUCGAUUCAAACAAUAAUAAUAAUAAAAAUCGACGUUUUGAUUCAUUUAAACGAUCCGAUAUUGGGAAAUGACAUAUUUGUAAUAAUUAUCCAUUGACAUGUCAAAAUUGAUAGUUAGUAUUAUUGUGAAAUAUUAUUAUACUUAUUUCAUAAUUAAACAAAUCAUUUUCAUUAAAUAGUUUG